UGAGACGACAUGGCACAGGAAACUGGUGACGCGGCUACGGCGCUAGACAUGGUUAAGAUGAUCAGCGCUGAGGGUCACGAAAUUUACAUCAGCAGGAAGUGCGCCAUGGUGUCGGGAACCAUCCGUGCCAUGUUAAGCGGCCAAUUCACGGAGAGCAAGGGCGAGAUCACAUUCCCCGACAUCAGCGCUCCUAUCUUGGAAAAAGUCUCACAGUACAUGUACUACAAGACUCAGUACUCAGACAGCACGUCACGCCUGCCAGAGUUUAUCAUCGAGCCGGAGAUUGCCAUGGAGCUGCUCAUGGCAGCCAACUACCUCGACUGCUAAACAUGCAGCAAAGCUCUGACCUUGGCUACAACGCGAGUCUAAUACAAGUUUAUUACUACUACUGUAGUAGUACGCCCGA